GCCGUCAUCGCUGCUGCCAUUAUUCUCUCUGCUGUUGCUUUAUUCACGUUAUCGUCGAAUCUUAUUUUCAUCGUCAUCAUGCUUUGUACGAACAAAACAAGGAAUCUCAGACGUCACAAAGCCAAUGAUAACAAUAUAGCCAUGAUGCUAAUGAUGUCGAUGGCGAUAUCUGAUAUCACCUUCAGCGUAUCUGUGAUGCCGUUAAGUAUUGUUGAGGUCAUCGAGAAUGGAAAAUGGAAUUUAGGAGAGACCUUGUGUGCUGCCAGACAAACGGUGAACGAUUUCCUCUGUUCCGUCUCUAUAUUUCACGUCAACUUCAUGGCGCUGGACAGGUACAUGGCAGUGUGUAAGCCACUGUCCUAUAGACUGUUAACAAAUAAAACUGGAUACGUCAUGGUCAUGGUCUCCUGGCUUGUACCAACUUUUUUGGUUGUGUUGCCUCGUCUCAUCGGCUGGAACAACUUAGGGGCGAAAGAAAGCGUAGGGUGUACAGGGGAAGUUUGUGAAAGUAUAUACAAGCUGCCCAUAUUCAUUAUAAUUGUAACUCUGGCCAUCUAUUUACCCUUUUCGACUUCGUACGUCUUUUAUUUCUUUAUACUUCGAGAAGUUUCACGUUUCCACAAGCGGAAGCCUAAUUAUUCAAAUAAACCAAGUGCUGGACGACAAAAAGACAUUUUUGAAAAGCCAAAUAGGACAGAGAAUCCAAAAGCCGACACUUUCGCUAGUAUCAUAUCAGCUAAGCACACGUUUCUCGUUGAUUCGCCCCAAGCUGAACACAUGGAAUCUGCUGCUUCUAAUGUUAUUGCUUUAAAAUAUGGCGUUGUUCCACUUGAUUGCAGUAAUUAUUUUAAAAUCGCGAAUGGCAGUGAUUUGACUAUCUCGACUACGGUGGCUAAGAGCUUCGCGUUCAGAAUAAAUGAGGACAAAAGGGAGAACUGCAGUUUGGGAACGUGGAGCAACCGUAGCAUUAACGGUUGCUCAGAAUUCGAUACAACUGAAGCCAGCGGCUCAAAUCGCGCGUUCAAUUGCAACACGCCAACCGUGACCCCAAGACAUGUGUGCACCGAUCUGAACUUGACUGGCAAAUUUGGCACCUCCACCGUGACGGCUCAGGGUGAAGAUGUCACCACGUUAGAUACAAACCAGGUGGCGCUGUCCACAUCUGAGACCCCCGGGUCCUCCAAUCCAGCUAUGACGUCACGCUCCAACAUGGCGACCAAAGCAUAUCGCACGGUCGGGUGUCUCGUCUUUUGCUUCACGGUCUGCUGGUUUCCGUCCUGGAUAUUUGUGACAUUGUACCUGCAGUUUGAGAGAACUAUUCCACAGUGGGUGGUUUUAAUGAUUUCGUGGUUAGCGUACAGUAAUGGAGCCAUCAAUCCUAUACUGUACCUUGGGAACAGAUCUGUGAGG